AUCUCGAUAACUCGAUGCAUCGAUAGACUUAUCGGGCUGCUAUUGUGCUUCGGAAGAACUGACCACGUCUGGCCAGAUUAAAGGAGAAAUGUCUUCGGAAACUCGCGACAUUAAUGAACUAUUUGAUGAUAUAGUGCUUACAGAGGAGAAACACGCAACACGCGGCUACGAGGAAGGUAUCAAGGACGGUCGUGCAUUGGGCAAUCAGGAGGGUUAUCAAUUUGGCUACAACCAAGGCGUGCUUCUUGGGGAGGAGCUGGGCACUAUUUACGGUCAGGUAGUGGCUCAACAGCAGCUACCACAUACAGAGAAAGUCCAGCGCACAUUGCAACAGCUACGCACAUUAAUCGAACAGUUUCCUCUGGAUAACGAUCCCGAGGCGGAUAUUAUUGGAGCUGUGGAACUUAUACGCAACACGCAACGUAGGCUUACUGCUCAGCUGGGCACAAAGAAAGGUGCUACCACUGUGCAAGAAUCUGAGGAGCGCAAGGAUUUUAGUUUCUAGUCCAAAGAUGGACCUU